UCUGAACGCCAACUCGUAGGCCUCUCUUCCACAGCACACCUGGAUACACACACCUUCCGCCUACUACGCGACUGGUGAAACGCGCGAAGAUGUCGCAGAACACGGAAGAUGUGACGCCGGAGGUCACACUGGCGACCUCAAUGGGUUCUUUUACCGUCAAGAUGUACUACAAGCACGCACCGAAAACCUGCCGGAACUUCGUCGAACUCGCUCGCCGCGGUUAUUAUGACAAGGUCAAGUUCCAUAGGAUCAUCAAGGAUUUCAUUGUUCAAGGUGGUGACCCGACUGGUACCGGAAGAGGGGGAGAAUCCAUAUAUGGGCCCAAAUUUGAUGAUGAGAUUCGCCCAGAAUUAAAACAUACUGGAGCAGGUAUUAUAUCCAUGGCUAAUGCAGGGGCAAACACAAAUGGAAGCCAGUUCUUCAUUACACUGGCACCUGCACCAUCACUGGAUGGCAAGCAUACCAUAUUUGGAAGAGUCUGUAGAGGGAUGGAAAUUGUGAAGAGACUUGGCAGCGUUCAAACUGAUAACACAGAUAGACCUGUUCAUGAUGUGAUGAUAUUAAAUGCAACCGUCAAAGAUUGACAUUUCGAUGCGCCUCUAAAGAGCGGUUUAGAAGCUGAAUCGUCAAGGUUUUCAUUUUAUAUUACAUCUGGACUUUGACUUCAUCAGUAUUUGUGCAUUAUUUUCCAAAGUUUGUUUUUCAAAGUAGGCAUAACAGUAUUAAAUCAUGUCAAAAACAUGAAAGAGUUCAUGAAUGAAUUGAGAACCUUUCUCCUAAAAACAUGCUUUCUGUCCCUCAUUUAGUUAUUUUAUGGCACAAUCGUAGUUUCAUGACUCAUGUCUAACAAUCAUUUAUUAAAGAAGAUUUUUAUGCUCCCUAAUGAGAAAGAAAAGUGCUCGCUGAAUAAAAGAUGAGUGUUUAA